AUGAGAGCAGCAGGGCGCGAUACAGUGCAGGUGAUAGCGGAUUUCGACCGCACGCUCACCAAGUUCACAGUGAACGGGAAGCCAGGCCAGAGCUGCCACAUGCUGCUGAACCUGCGGCACCCGGAGCUGGAGGAGCGCGGCAGGCGGCUGACAGCCAAGUACCUGCCCAUGGAGACGGACCCGCACUUGCCAUUCGAGGAGAAGUUUCAGUGCAUGGUGGAGUGGUGGACGGCCGCACACGAUCUGCUGCUGGAGAGUGGAAUCACCCGCGCUGACGUCACUAAGAGUGUGGCCGCUGCCAACACCGCCUUCCGUGACGGCUUCUGUGACAUGCUGGCUCUGCUGGAGGCUCACGGCGUGCCGCUGCUCAUCUUCUCUGCUGGCCUGGCCGACGUCAUUGAGGAGCUGCUCCAUCAGCAGCUUCCUCGCUCCUUCUCCAACGUGCGGGUCGUGUCAAACCGAAUGCAGUUCGAUGAAUCUGGACGGCUCAUCGCCUUCCCAGGACGCAUCAUCCAUGUGUUGAACAAGAAUGAGCACGCCUUGGAGCUCGCUGCCUUGGAGGAGGGCACUGCAGCUGCUGAUUCCCACUCUCACGGCAAUGGCUCCACUACAGCUGUACACACAGACCCAGCUUCCCACACCCAGGUGCUGACUAUGGCUCCGCAAGGUGUUGAUAGGGAGGCUGGUGCUGAUACUGUCACACCCGGUACAAUCACAGCUGCAGAGGAGGUGGCGGAGGUGCGGAGCAGGACGAAUGUGAUUCUGCUGGGAGACCAUCUGGGGGACCUGGGGAUGUCGGAGGGUGUAAGCAUCAGCAAUCAGAUCUCGGUGGGGUUCUUGAACCACGAUGUGGAGAGGCAGCUGGAGCUAUAUAAGAGGUCAUUUGAUAUUGUGGUGCUGGAUGAUGGACCUAUGGAUGUGGUGAUCGCACAACUUAACGAUGUUUUGUCGUUCUAA